UUACUAGUUAGAUUGAAUUUUUUUUUUUUCAAAUACAAAUACUAAUCUACAUAAAUUUGACAACACUGGAUUCAUAACGGGUUUGGUCUUUGUUGUUUCCAGCCAAUAGUCAUGUCCAUCCUUCGCAACGCAAAUCAAUUCGUGGUUUACCAUAAUGUAGUUUGAUUCUUCUUCUUCUUCUUUUUGAGAGAAAAUUGAUGGGGAUUUAUUGAACUCAAGAAUCAAUCAGUCUCAACGGCUACAACAUCAGCUACCAUAAUAAGUAAGCUAUUACAAUCAAAACGAGACUCCUCAAAAUCAGAGACUAUAUGGACUAACAAAUGAGCAACAUUGUUUGACUUUCUAAACACAAAAGACCAGUCACGAACAUCAAUACCCUCCACUUCCUUCGAGAUAUCCGAACAAAUGCUCCCCGAUUCAGUUAUGCAAGUUCUGUGAAAUUUCAGAAGCUGAAUAAUCUUUCUACAAUCAGGUUCAAUAACAACCGGUCCAAAACCUUUCUCUUUAACCAAUCUAAUACCAUAAAGAAUUACUAUACCUUCAGCAAGCUCGGGAGACCACUUAACUUUGAGUCUUCUACCGCAAAGACACCUUUGUCAUUCCAAUCUCUUAGGAUACAUCCCUAAGCCAAAUGAGUUCAUUUUCUCAGCCCCUUGGGUGCAAGCAACCUUGUUAGCACUAUGCAUGUUCGUAUGUUUCAAUAAAUAAAAAAAAUAACGAAAAAUGAUAAAAAAAAAAUUAACCUAGAAAGACGAUAAUGUAGCCGUUAUCAUAUCAUGUUCCUCCACAGAAAGCAAAGCAUGGAAAAAGGCCCAACCAAGCUUUACCGAAAAGCAAGCUUCAUCCCCUUUCCGAAUUUUGAAAUUUGAGGCCCGUCCGUCCGCCCAUCCUUUUCAGCGCGAUCCCGUUGUUGUCUCUUCUGUUUACAUUCGAUUCGGACCAGUGCUUCCAAAACUCAAAAUUGGACCACUUCGCCGGUGGAGAGAAAUAAAAUUUAGCCACUUCGAACCAAUCCACUCAAAUUAUGGGCCCUGCCCCUGCAUUUAUAGCUACACCUCCCUUUUCUGGCCAUCCCUUUCUAGAUCUGGCACUGGACUUAAAGCCCGAAACCCUUACCGAACUUUUUUCUUUGGGGUAGAAUCAUGAGCCCCAAGUUUUGCCAUCUCAAUGGGCCACUUUCUAGCUGGGCCGUCUAAUUUGAUGUGUGCUUUUGCCUUCCCCAACUUGGGUCCAACUUCUCAUGGGCUCAGAACUCACGGCCCAAACCUCCUCGAUAAGAAACCACUCAACUGACGACCGACAACCGGCUAUCACAGCGGCUUCCAGGCGCCGCGGGAAGAACGAAUUGCAGAACUCACGUUUCCCAAUUCUUCUUCUUCCUCUUCCAUCUCCUACGUCGAUCGUCCGUUACUGAAGAACGAAUGAAGGUAAAAGUUAAAUCUCUUUCGAAUCCUUGUGUUAAUCUUCCAUCAUCAGCUGUGCAUCUGUUUCGAACUUCUUCGUUUUCUUUUGGGGGGAAUCGCCUCUGUUCGCUUUUCUCCGCCCUUGAUCGAGUUCUGUUUUUUUGCUAUCUGGGUAACGCGAUACGUUGUGAUUCCAAUUUACCAUCCCCGAUUGGAUUCGUGACUUUCUUCGCAAAUCUGCAAGCUUUUGGUAUGUAACUAUGUAUCAAUCAAGUUCUUUAUCGUUUCCAUUGAGCCAAUUCGAUUUCUGUUGCUGGGUGCUGGCGGUUCUGUAUUGAUUUUCUCCAUGGUUUGUUAGAUUGGCCUUGGACUAAUCUGAAUGAGCGGGUUUACUUGUUUGCUGUGAUAAUUCUGUUCACAAUUCGAUCCUUAUGGAAUGAAUUUGAUCUUAUCAGGCGGAAUUUUGUAAACGAGCCAAAAGUAGAGGACUUUUGGAAUAUACUCCUGAUUUGAUUCUUCCGGAUCAGUGGAUGAUCAUUCGACCAUACUGGUGUUUGCUGUACUUCUGUGUCUACCGAUGUGGCCUUUGCAUGUUCCGUUCAGCAAGUUACUCAAUGUAGAAGCUGUAGAAGAAGAUGAAGAUGAAGUUAUAGAUGGAUGGUUUAGUCAGGAAAUGGGAAGACAAAGAAUUGUGUCCCUAUCACACUUUGUUGCAGUGCCGCAUAAAAACCAGCUUCACUCUUGGGAUUGUGGUCUGGCAUGUGCUGUUGUGGUUUUGAAUGCCAUUGGUGUCAAUGAUUGCAGCAUCGAUGCUUCAGCAGACAUGUGCUGCACAACUAGUAUUUGGACAAAUGAUUUGGCGUCUCUACUAAAGUGAUUUUCGGUUAGAUUUUCAUACUUAAGAGUGGCAAUCUAGUUGGAUGUUUGCAGGAGCAACUGUCAACUGAUGUACACAGAUUAGAUCUGUUAUUUGAAAAAGCAUCCGAGGAAGGGAUCAAUAUACUGGUAUGUUGAUUCAAACAUGUCAUUCUGUAUUUAUUAUCAUUUUACGUCGCAAACUGCUCAAUUAUGUAUUGGUGAUAUCUUGAGAUAUUUUGCGGUUUUGAGUACUUUAAGUGGAUUUUCGAGAAUAUUUAAUAGUUUCGUUAAUUAUAUUAUUUAGGAGUAGUUUAUGGAAACUACUCACAAUCUCGUUUAUCUUCCUCCCUAAAGCCCACCACUCAUUCUUCUCUUCCCUUCCUCAAAUCCUUCUUCAAGUUCCCGAUUCUUUCUCUAAGUCCUUAAAUCUCUCUAAAUUCUAGCCUAUCAUCCCUAAAACGAGUCCGUUGUCUCGUAUUUUAGUUGGUUCUUAUGUCAACUUCAAUUUAAUGCUGAUGAUUUUAGUUGCACAUCCAUCAGUUGUCUUGUAUUUUAGUUGGUUCUUAUGUGAACUUCAUUUUAAUGUUGAUGAUUUAGUGAAGAUUUUAAGAAGAUUUGCAUGAUCAAGGCAUUAAUCCUUACUUUCUACACUGCAGGUCAAUCAAUGAAAACGAACUCGCCCACUUGAUUUUAUCUGGGAACUAUAUUGUCAUUCAUUAGUUAAUCAAUACAAGUUGAGGUACGGUACAUUUAUUCUAUAAGAUUGUUUCGAUGUCUCUCAUUUCAUUGUUAAUUGAUCCUUCGAGUUGAAUGAUUUUAAAACUUUUCUUAUGUUUUUUUAUUUUUUUUGUACAUUUGCACAUGGUUAGAGGAUGCUAUCUCGUCAAGUUUGGAUGAUGACAACGAGACUAUGUAGGUGAGGAUAACAAAUCCGUGACAACAUUUUCCAUAUCGAUAUGUAUAUUGGAUAACGUACUAUCUUUGUUGCACUCUUUUUGAAUUGAAAAUUUUGAAUUAUUAUUUUUUUGCAAGUGUGAUUGUCACCAUUAAAAUAGUUUUUAACUUCUCAUUCCAUGUUCUCUUAAGUCAUUAUAUAGUGAUAUGUGGCUACCAUGUUGAUACUGACGAGUUUGAAAUACGACAUCCAGCAAGCCCCAGGUGCACUCCUUUUUCUUCAAUUUGUUCAUGUGGAUCUUUAUAUGCUCCAAUUUAUACAAAUCAAACUCUGUAAUCCAGUUGAUGAACCAAAUUUCGAACUUGAAAAAUUUAGGAAGAAUGAGAGAAUUUCAUCCAAAUGCUUAGAAGAAGCGUGAAAGUCGUUCGGAACGGAAGAAGAUCUUCUUGUGGUGAGCUUUUUAUCCUUUUCAUCCCACCACCAAAGAAAUCAAAUCUUCCCUGUCCAGUGUCUAGUCAGUGAAGUGGCUAACAAGUUCUCACCUGGGUUCCAUUUCUUCGAGCACAUAUCUCUGGAGAGCAACAACUGUUGUUGGAGGAAAUUUCCUCCUCCUCCACUCAUCAACACAUAAUAAUUCCAUUGACAUGUCAUUCUUCUUUCGGUGUUAACGAUGAACAAACAAACAGGUUGGUACCAAAGCACAUGUGAUCUGUCCAUAUGAUAACCUUUCCCUUUUGGCCACUUUUUAAGCACAGUUUUGCUUUCUUCCCUUUUUUCUGUUACUUGUAUGUAUGCCCGUAAGAAUUCAUACAGAUAACGUCCAAAAAUGUAUUUGGGAAGUGAAGUAAUGUACAAAAAAGGAGAAACAAAAUAAAAGAGCAGAGGCUUCUGAUCAUGAUACCGGCUACAGUCAUGUCGCUGUUGUGCUGUACCAUAUGAUACCAAAGACGAAGCUGAUUCCGUGAGGAUUCUUUGAAUCCAAUACCCCAAUUGUUGUGUUCUUUUCAGUUCCUCUGUUAUUUUAUGCUCUGUUAUCCAUUCUCUAUUUAAUUCGGGCCUCGCCGACAUAGGGUUUUCUUUUUAGGAUACUAAACCGACUAGGGUGCUUUUAGUUCAUUUGGGAAAUUGGGAUUAACGGUUUCUAAUCAUAUGUUAGCCUGUUAGGACCAUGGUCCAUGAAACCGUAUCGGAAAAGUCAGCGAUAGGGUAUUUUAUGACAAAACCGUAGUUCAACCGUUAGUACCGUUAAAUACCGCCUAUCGGUUGGUAUUUUGUGGUUGAACCGUCGGUACGAUACGGUUUAAUGGACCAUGGUUAGGACACCUGAUUACGAAGAAUUUUAGCAUCAUGGUCCAACUAAGAUCCAGUCCUGGUUGGAAAAGGAUUCAAUGAUGGACCAUAUAUAUUGAUAGUUGUUUAGGCUGGAUUGACAAUAAUGUUGUACGAGGUCAUAAACAAUAAGUGGCUCAACUACUUUGCUAUCACACCCUUUAAGACAACUCCACCAAUUCCUCUACCCAUUAUCGUGAGACUGAAUAAGGUUUUAGAAGAUACUGGUUAAUACUUGUUGGCUAACAAUUCUGAAAUCACGCUAUGGUGUCAUCAAUGAUCCUUCCUUCUUGUUGAAGGCUAAUCAAUAAUGAAAUCACGG